AUGGAAAAACAAUCUUUGUUUCAUCGUGUAGGCUCGAAAUUAUCAAAUAUUAUACAAUCUACGAUUUAUUCUAAAUCUAUAAAUUCUAACCUGCCUCCGAACCAGGAACAUCAACCUUCUCAAGAUACUGAUGCUUAUAAACAUUCUGGUGCUCAACUACAGACAAAUCCUCCUUGUAAUGAAAUUGUUUCAAUAGCUGAUUUUGAUCAAGAUCCAUGCUUUGCAUGCUCUAAUCCAUGCGAUCAUCCAAGUUACCCUUCUUACUUAAAAAUAGAUUAUAAAUCUCCUCUAGAAGGUUCUGUAAAACCAUAUGUAAAACAUGUAUUAAUUUCAACUGGAAAGUCCGAUUGGAGUUCCCAUAUUGAGGAUGAAUGUGGUUCCUUGGCCGCUAAUUUAAAUAAAAUUAUCAAAGGUGAUUCUGGAAAAAAAAUUUCUCAAAAAGAAAAAAAGAAGGAUUCUCCAAAGAAAGAUAAGAGAAAUAAAGUUGAAGCCGGUGGUCUUAACCAUGAUGAUACAAGUGUUGAAAUAGAGAAACCAAAAAUUGUCGUCACCAAUAGUGAUCGUCAAAACUCUGAUUAUGAUCCUUCGUUUUUAAAAGGAAAUGACAUUCUUUUAUUCCCUGAUAAUAUUCUUGUUCGUAAUGUGUCUACUAAAGAUGCUUCAGAAUUUUAUAAAAAGUAUUUAUCAUCUACGGAUGCAUCUUCUCUGGAUGAAAAAGAUCUUUUCACUUCCUUCAAUUUUACCGUUGAGCCAAUGCCAUAUAAAGCCGUUAUAAUUAUAUGUUCUCAUAAACGUCGUGAUAAAAGGUGUGGUAUCACUGGUCCGAUACUAAAAGAUGAAUUUAAUAAAGUUUUAAAAGAAAAAGGUUUAGAUGUUGAAAGUAGUAAUAAUGACGGUGUCGCCGUAUUUCUUAGCAGUCAUAAAUUUGCCGGAAAUGUUAUAGUUUACCGUGGUGGUCAAGGUAUAUGGUACGGACGAGUAAUUCCUUGUCAUGCAAAGAAUAUAAUUGAGACAACGGUUCUGGAGGGAAAAGUCAUCAAAGAUUUGUAUCGUGGAUCAAUGAAUGGAAGUUUUGCUUCUGGGAAGGGUGGAAGACUGGAUUGGUAA